CGUCUUAACGCACAGCUGCGAAACUUUUUUUUUUUAAUUCCUCCAGCUGGGGGGGGGGAGACACCACUGGCGCAUAUACCAGCAACAUAAUACGCUAUAGUGAAAGUAGUGGUGCAGACAAGAGCAGCGACGUUACCGGGUGCGGACAGGAGAGUCUCAGUCUCUGCACAGCCUUUAAGGGCUCGCUGUAAGCUCCAUUCAGCGCGCCUAUCGUUACCGUAACCGUCAUGGCACUGCUGUCCAUCUUCUGCAUCUGGAUGCUCUCCCCAAGUCUGUCAAGUGGGACCAGGUUCGUUUACAAGUUCCCCGGGUCGGCGGUAAAAUAUGUCCCUUCGGGACGAUAUGCUGCCCUCCCAGGCGGCAGCUCACACCCCAGAAACUGGUGCCAGUACACUGUGCUGAAGACCGUAUCCUGCCAAGUGCACAACAGUUUCAGGACCCAGCUUCUGCCCACAUACCACGUGGCGUACCGACAGGUGAUGGCCUUGGAGUGGCGCUGCUGUCCCGGCUUCAUGGGCGAGAACUGCAGUAAGGAGUGCUUCAACUGCACCAGCUACACCCACAUGACGGAAAGACUGACCCACAUCGAGUCCAAGAUCAAACAACUGGAGAACUGUAGACCUCCUCCAUCUGUUAACGGCCUUCCUGAUGGGUCAACCGAGAACGAAGUGGAUAGACCUCACCCCACCCCUAGUGGCCCCCAGGGGCCCCACCUGCCAGGACUCCCAGGUCCACCUGGACCUCCAGGAAACCCUGGGUUAAUUGGCUUCCCAGGACCCAAAGGAGAAAUGGGCCUCGCAGGACUGCCUGGCCCAGUAGGCAACCCAGGGCCAAAGGGAGACCAAGGCUACCCGGGAGAGUUUGGGCCUCCAGGACCCCCUGGCCCCCCAGGCCCCCCCGGGCUGCUGGAUCACCUUUCCGUCAGAGGAGAUAUGUUCAAUGAAGACGCUCCUCCUUUGCGUGGGCCCCCCGGUCCUCCCGGUCCCACUGGGCCCCCAGGCUCCCCGGGACCCGCUGGAGUGCCAGGCAUUCUGGGCUCGGUUGAACGUGACAGCAAGGACGGCUAUUGGGGCAAACCUGGCAACCCGGGACCCAAAGGAGACCCAGGGUCCAUGGGACCCCCUGGAAAGAUUGGUGAGCAAGGCCUGCCGGGUGCUCCGGGGCCCAAGGGUGAGCCAGGAGAGAGCAUAGUGGAGAGUGAAGCUAUACAGCAAUUAAGGGAGGCCUUGAAGAUCCUGGCGGAGCGAGUUGUUAUCCUGGAGCACAUCGUCCCCCGAGAGAGUACGGCGGAAGCUGGAUCCGGGCAGGAUAUCUUCAAUGACCUGUCCCUCCUGCCCACGGAAUAGACAAGAAAAGUGGAGACCAUUGGCUAUUCUUCCUCAAUCCUGCACCCCAGUCACCCAGUUGGAAAGACGAAAGAGAGGCGAAAUCGCAACUGACGAAUGAAAUGCAACUAAUCAGCUAGUGGUGGUGGUGGUGGGGGAAGCAGGUGGGGACUCAGAACUCAGAGUCCUGGUUUUACUGGAAUUGAUGGGGAACAGCGAAUGGUCAGGUUUAUUCAGGUAUUAGUGGAGAUAACUCCUGGCCCUAAUCCUGUCCAUUCUGUUUACUGUGUCUUCUGUGGAUGUCUUAGGCUGUAUGAUAUUAAUGCUCUUUUUCACGUUCUUGUCCUUUCCGGUGUUUGUUAACCUUACACCCUGUGUGUUCCCCUCUGUGCCAGGGCCCCUCCAGCCUUAAUCAGUAUGUGUGCUGUCUCUCAUGGUCCCCAGUGUGACCAUUUCAGAGCAGACCACUGGUUUCGCUCAUCGGGGCUGACAGGGACAUGGCAGGUACUGGGGGAGCUGGUGGCAAGAUUUUUCUUGGGGGAAAAUGACUCCUUCAGUAUCAGAUUUUAUUUUAUAUUUAAAAUCCUUUCUGAAAUGUUUGCUUAUUCCUCCAGACAGAUCACCUGUUUCCUUCCAGACAAAAUGCCUUUUUACCCCCAGAAAGACUGGCUUUUUCCCUCCAGAGAGAUUGCCUUUCUACCUCCAGACAGACCAUCUGUUUGACCCCCAACAGACUUCCCUUUUGCCUCCAGACAGACUGCCUAUUUGCCCCCAGACUGCCUUUCCCCCCAGACAGAUUACCCUUUUACCCUGAGACCACCUGUUUGCCCCCAAAGAGACUUCCUUUUUGCCCCCAGACAGACUGCCUUUUCCCCCCAGACAGACUGCAUUUUUGCCCCCAGACAGACCACUAUUUGCCCCUAGACAGACUGCCUCUUUCCCCCCAGACAGAUAGCCUGUUUCCCCAAGGAUCCUGCAUUCUUUCUCUUGUCAUUUUAGACCUGCAUUUUGUAUAGAUAAUAUCUAACUUUGAUAAGUAUUUUAUAUAUAUAUAUAUAUAUACAUGUAUUGGCUGUAAUCUGAGAUGGACAUACAGUCCAGGUGUGCUAUGUGGCUAGGUUAUCAGUAUCACUGAGUUAUGAUGUAACAGUCCUACACUUGGGCCCAGUGACUUCUUUUGAGUUGUCGGUUAUUUGAUUGAUUGAUUGAUUGAUUGAUUGAUUGACUGAUUGAUCUGCCAGCUCCUCAUUCACUAGCCCUUUAAACACGUAUCGCUCUGAAGUUUUCCUAACUGAAUGUGUUCCGUAACUGUAAAAGUGAUAUACUGUAACUUCCAGCUACAAACCAUUAAAGUUCCUUUCGCCCCAUUA